AUGAGAAGAUUGAAUGAGGAAUAUGUGAAUGUGCUUGUGGAGAAAAAGAAGGUGAGUGAGGAAGACAAGGAUGAGGAAUAUUUGGAGGAGAUGAAUGAAGAAUAUUUGGAGGUGAAUGGGGAAGAUUUGGAGAAGGUGAAUGAGGAAGAUUUGGAGGAGAUGAAUGAGGAAGAUUUGGAGGUGAAUGUGUUGAUUAAGGAUAUGGUGAAUGAUAAUAUUGAGGAUGGGCUUGUGGAGAAGAAGAAUGAGGAUGUGCUGGUACAGAAGGAAGACAGGCAGAAGAAUGAUCAUUUUGUCUUUUUUUAUAAUGUGGUGGAUAAUCUGAAUGACAAAGACAAUGAUGGGCUUGUGGAGGAGAAGAAGAAUGAGGAUGUGGUGGAGGAUGAUGUGCUAAAAAAUGAGAAUAUUGAGAAGAAGAAUGAAAAAGACAAUGAUGGUCUUGUGGAGGAGAAGAAGAAUGAGGAUGUGGUGGAGGAUGAUAUGCUGAAGAAUGAGAAUAUUGAGGAUGUGAAUGACAAGGUGGAGGAUGUGAAUGAUAAAGACAAUAUGGUCAAUGAGAAGAAGGAUGAUGUGUUUGUACAGAAUUUAGAGAAGAAGGAAGACAUGCAGAAUGUGAAAAGGGUGGAGGAGGAUAUGUUUGUGGAGAAGAUUGGGAAGAAUGAAGACAAUAUGAAAAAGAAGAAGGUGGAGGAGGAUGUGCUUAUGGAGAAGAUUGAGAAGAAGAAGAAGAAGCACAAGCAAGAGGUGGAGGAGGAUGUGGUGGAAUUGGACGAUGCAACCCAUGUCCAAUUUAAGAGAAAGAGGUUGAGGUCGAAAGUACUACUUAGUCCCUACACCGAUCCUAGUUGGAAAAUUAUGAGGGUCAAAGAUCCAAUCACUGUCGAUCCUAUGGAGAAAUCUGAUCCGAAACUACAAAAAGAGUUGAUGACAGAGUUGCGGAAAAAAAGUAAAUGUAAACAGGUGGAGCUCUGUACUGGCACUAUAGGCUUUAAAUUCUUCGAUACGAUGCUGAGGAAAACUAGGUGGCUAACUGAUGUGGAGAUCAAUGUCGGAUGUGCUCUACUAAGAAAAAGAGCAAUCACCUACCCUAAGACGUACAUGAAGGAUUUUGAUGUAUCAUUUUAUGAGUACUACUGGGGUAAGAAAGAAAUACAUAUGCUCACGUGGAUCAUUUUUGAAGACAUUUCCUUCCCCCUCAACCUCUACAUGAAGCAUUGGGGAAUUAUUCAUACAACAUUAAUAUCAUCAAAUGCCACACAUGAAAAUAGAAUUAUUCAACAUGCUGCUGAAAUGAUGGUUGAUGUUGUUGCUGAGAUGAUGGUUGAUGUUGUUGCUGAGAUUAUGCUCUUACAGUAG